GCAGUGUACCUAUAAUUGUGCUCAAAUAAUGCACUUUUCGGUCAGUGCAUUUGAGUGGUGUUUUUCCAUCAUAUAAUCUCUCUAAAGAAGCUUCAGGUACUUAAAUUUGGGAUUCUCCAUUGCUCAAAGAUGAGUGCUUCAAAGUUCAUCAAAUGUGUCACAGUGGGAGAUGGAGCAGUUGGAAAAACUUGCAUGCUCAUUUGCUACACUAGCAACAAGUUCCCCACUGACUACGUACCUACUGUUUUCGAUAACUUCAGUGCUAAUGUCAUAGUGGAUGGAAGCAUUGUAAACUUGGGCCUGUGGGAUACAGCAGGCCAAGAGGAUUACAGUAGGCUGAGGCCACUGAGUUACAGAGGAGCUGAUGUAUUUGUCUUGGCCUUCUCUUUACUCAGCAGGGCCAGCUACGAGAAUGUGCUUAAGAAGUGGAUGCCUGAGCUCCGGCGAUUUGCUCCCAAUGUUCCAAUUGUUCUUGUUGGAACCAAACUAGAUCUUCGAGAUGAUAAAGGGUAUUUUGCUGAUCACCAUGGAGCUGUUUCCAUAACAUCUACCCAAGGAGAGGAGUUAAGGAAACAAAUAGGAGCUGCAGCAUACAUAGAAUGCAGUUCAAAGACUCAACAGAACAUCAAAUCUGUGUUUGAUACUGCUAUUAAGGUUGUGCUUCAACCUCCGAGAAGGAAGGAAAUGAUAAAGAAGAAAAAGAGGAGAAGAUCGGGUUGCUCAAUUAUGAAUAUCGUCUGUGGGAGCUCAUUUCUUGCUUAAAUGCAAGUUUGGUGUGACAUUCUCCUUUAUGAAUGCUUCCCAGACAUGGCACGUCUUGUGCGUGUACAUGGCAGGCUGAGCUCGAUCAACUUUUUGUAUAUGUGCUUUGACGAUAUAGAGAUUUAUGCUUCCCUUUUUGGCAGUGUUUUGAUUAGAAGGGGAAUCGUUCAUUCUCUGGCACUUUAUGACAGGAUAUCUUUUGUUUGUUGCUAAUCAUGUUAUGGGGCCAAGAAAUAGCAUAGAAAUAGAAAUGCCAUGUUCUUCUCCUUUAUCU